GUCAUGGCGGGCCCCGCGCGCUGAGGGCCCGCGACACCGGCACCGCCCGCGCGCACCCGCCGCUCCCCGGGCGGGCGGCGGCGGCGGCGGGACAUGGCGGCGCACAAGCCCGUGGAGUGGGUGCAGGCCGUGGUGAACCGCUUCGACGAGCAGCUUCCAAUAAAGGCUUGCCAGCAGAAUACCCACACCAAAGUCAGCACGGAGCACAACAAGGAAUGUCUCAUCAACAUUUCCAAGUACAAGUUUUCCCUGGUCAUCAGUGGUCUCACCAAUAUAUUAAAAAAUGUUAAUAACAUGAGAAUAUUUGGAGAAACUGCUGAAAAGAAUUUAUAUCUAUCUCAGCUGAUUAUCUUGGAUACACUGGAAAAAUGUCUGGCAGGGCAACCGAAGGACACCAUGCGCCUGGACGAGACCAUGCUGGUGAAGCAGCUGCUGCCCGAGAUCUGCCACUUCAUCCACACCUACCGCGAGGGCAACCAGCACGCGGCCGAGCUGCGCAGCUCUGCCUCGGGCGUGCUCUUCUCGCUCAGCUGCAACAACUUCAACGCCGUCUUCAGCCGCAUCUCCACCAGGUUGCAGGAACUGACUGUUUGUUCAGAAGAUAAUGCUGAUGUUCAUGAUAUUGAACUUUUACAGUACAUCAGUGUGGAUUGCUCAAAACUCAAGCGACUCUUGCAAGAGACUGUAUUCAAGUUUAAAGCUCUUAAGAAAGUAGCUCAGUUAGCUGUUAUCAACAGUCUUGAGAAGGCAUUUUGGAACUGGGUGGAAAACUAUCCUGAUGAAUUCACAAAGCUGUACCAAACCCCCCAGACUGACAUGGCUGAUUGUGCUGAGAAGUUGUUUGAUUUAGUGGAUGGCUUUGCUGAAAGCACAAAACGUAAAGCAGCAGUGUGGCCACUGCAGAUCAUCCUCCUGGUCCUGUGUCCAGAGAUAAUCCAAGAUAUAGCAAAGGAUGUGGUAGAGGAAACUAAAAUGAACAAGAAACUGUUCCUGGACAAUCUCAGGAAGGCCCUGGCAGGACACAGUGGGAGCAGGCAGCUGACUGAAAGUGCUGCUAUUGCUUGUGUUAAACUGUGCAAGGCAUCUACGUACAUCAACUGGGAAGAUAAUUCUGUCAUUUUCCUGCUAGUGCAGUCCAUGGUAGUAGAUCUUAAGAAUUUGCUGUUUAACCCAAGCAAACCUUUUUCAAGAGGCAAUCAGAAUGCAGAUGUAGACCUGAUGAUUGACUGCUUGGUUUCCUGCUUCCGCAUAAAUCCUCACAAUAACCAACACUUCAAGAUCUGCUUGGCACAGAAUUCCCCAUCAACAUUUCAUUAUGUGCUGGUAAAUUCACUCCACCGAAUCAUCACAAACUCGGCGCUGGACUGGUGGCCGCGGAUCGACGCCGUGUACUGCCACGCCGUGGAGCUGCGCAGCAUGUUCAGCGACACGCUGCACCGCGCCAUGCAGGGCUGCGGGGCGCACCCCGCCAUCCGCAUGACCCCGAGCCUUACAUUUAAGGAGAAAAUGACAAGCCUUAAAUUUAAAGAAAAACCUACUGAUUUGGAAACCAGAAGCUACAAGUUCUUGCUGUUGUCCUUGGUGAAACUGAUCCAUGCAGAUCCAAAGCUUUUGCUGUGUAACCCCAGGAAGCAGGGCCCCGACUCGCAGGGCAGCACGGCCGAGCUGAUCACGGGGCUGGUGCAGCUGGUGCCGCAGUCCAGCAUGCCCGACAUCGCCCAGGAGGCCAUGGAGGCCUUGCUGGUUCUGCACCAGUUGGACAGCAUUGACUUGUGGAAUCCUGAUGCUCCUAUAGAAACAUUCUGGGAGAUCAGUUCACAAAUGCUUUUUUAUAUCUGCAAGAAGCUUACAAGUCAUCAGAUGCUCAGCAGUACAGAAAUCCUCAAGUGGCUGCGAGAGAUUCUCAUCUGUAGGAAUAAAUUUCUGCUAAAAAACAAACAGUCAGAUAGGAGUUCCUGCCACUUCCUUUUCCUUUAUGAUGUCUCUGGAAGUGGAACUAGUCAAAUGUCUCUUGACCAUGAGGAAAUGAUGCGCUGUGCACCAGGGGCUACCCUGAGGAAAGCAAAGGGGAAUUCUUCCAUAGAGAGCACUGCAGGAUGCAGCGGGACCCCGAUCUGCCGCCAAGCCCAGACCAAGCUGGAAGUGGCCUUAUACAUGUUCCUGUGGAGCCCAGAUAUCGAGGCAGUCCUGGUGGCCAUGUCCUGCUUCCGUCACCUCUGUGAGGAGGCCGACAUCAGAUGUGGAGUAGAUGAGGUCUCAGUGCAUAAUUUCUUGCCAAACUACAACACUUUCAUGGAGUUUGCAUCUGUGAGCAACAUGAUGUCAACAGGGAGAGCAGCUCUUCAGAAGAGAGUGAUGGCAUUAUUGAGGCGCAUUGAGCACCCCACUGCAGGCAACACGGAGGCCUGGGAGGAUACACAUGCAAAAUGGGAACAAGCUACAAAACUAAUCCUUAACUAUCCAAAGACCAAAAUGGAAGAUGGGCAGGUGACCGAGAGCCUGCACAAGACGAUCGUGAAGCGGCGGAUGUCGCACGUCAGCGGCGGCGGCUCCAUCGACCUGUCGGACACGGAGUCGCUGCAGGAGUGGAUCAACAUGACGGGGUUCCUGUGUGCCCUGGGCGGGGUGUGCCUGCAGCACCGCAGCAGCGCGGGGCUGGCCACCUACAGCCCCCCCAUGGGCCCCCUCAACGAGCGCAAGGGCUCCAUGAUCUCCAUGGUCUCCACCGAGGGCAGCGUGGAGACCCCGGUCAGCAAAUUCAUCGACCGCCUGCUCACCCUGAUGGUGUGCAACCACGAGAAGGUGGGGCUGCAGAUACGCACCAACAUCAAAGACCUGGUGGGGCUGGAGCUCAGUCCAGCACUCUAUCCCAUGCUCUUCAACAAACUGAAGAAUACCAUCAGCAAGUUCUUUGAUUCUCAAGGACAGGUCUUGUUAACUGACACCAACACACAAUUUGUAGAGCAAACCAUUGCUAUAAUGAAGAAUUUGCUUGACAAUCACACAGAAGGGAGCUCAGAACACCUUGGCCAAGCAAGCAUUGAGACAAUGAUGCUGAAUCUGGUUAGAUAUGUGCGUGUGCUUGGAAAUCUGGUACAUGCCAUUCAAAUAAAAACAAAGCUCUGUCAGUUGGUAGAAGUAAUGAUGGAAAGGAGAGAUGACCUUUCAUUUUGUCAAGAAAUGAAAUUUAGGAACAAAAUGGUGGAAUAUUUGACAGACUGGGUAAUGGGAACUUCUAAUCAAGCAACAGAUGAGGAUGUGAAAUGCUUGACAAGAGAUUUGGACCAGGCGAGUAUGGAAGCAGUGGUCUCUCUUCUUGCUGGGCUUCCACUCCAGCCUGAAGAAGGAGAUGGUGUUGAGUUGAUGGAAGCAAAAUCUCAAUUAUUUCUCAAGUACUUCACGCUGUUCAUGAACCUGCUGAACGACUGCAGCGAGGCAGAGGAGGACGGCGCGGCGGCGGGCGGGCGCAAGCGCGGCAUGUCGCGCCGGCUGGCGUCGCUGCGGCACUGCACCGUGCUGGCCAUGUCCAACCUGCUCAACGCCAACGUGGACAGCGGCCUCAUGCACUCCAUAGGCUUGGGCUAUCAUAAAGACCUCCAGACCAGAGCCACCUUCAUGGAAGUCCUCACCAAGAUCCUGCAGCAGGGGACGGAGUUUGAUACCUUGGCAGAAACAGUGCUAGCAGAUCGCUUCGAGAGAUUGGUGGAGCUGGUUACGAUGAUGGGUGAUCAGGGGGAGCUUCCUAUUGCUAUGGCUUUAGCCAAUGUGGUGCCUUGUUCUCAGUGGGAUGAGCUGGCUCGUGUCCUGGUCACACUCUUUGAUUCCCGGCACCUGCUCUACCAGCUCCUCUGGAAUAUGUUCUCAAAGGAGGUUGAGCUGGCAGACUCCAUGCAGACACUCUUCCGAGGAAACAGUUUAGCCAGUAAAAUAAUGACUUUCUGUUUUAAGGUCUAUGGUGCUACAUAUUUGCAGAAGCUGUUGGAACCUUUGCUGCGGACUGUGAUCACAUCCCCUGAGUGGCAGCACGUCAGCUUUGAGGUGGAUCCAACAAGGCUGGAGCCCACAGAAAGCCUUGAAGAGAACCAGCGGAGUCUCUUGCAAAUGACAGACAAGUUUUUUCAGGCAAUCAUUAAUUCCUCCUCGGAGUUCCCACCCCAGCUGCGCAGUGUGUGCCAUUGUUUAUACCAGGCAACUUGCCACUCUCUACUGAAUAAAGCUACCGUAAAAGAAAAAAAGGAAAACAAAAAAUCAGUGGUGAGCCAGCGCUUCCCCCAGAACAGCAUCGGGGCCGUCGGCAGCGCCAUGUUCCUGCGCUUCAUCAACCCCGCCAUCGUGUCCCCGUACGAGGCGGGCAUCCUGGACAAGAAACCCCCGCCCCGCAUCGAGCGUGGCCUCAAGCUCAUGUCCAAGAUCCUUCAGAGUAUUGCCAACCACGUGCUGUUUACAAAAGAGGAGCACAUGCGGCCUUUCAAUGACUUUGUGAAGAGCAAUUUUGAUGCGGCACGAAGGUUUUUCCUGGACAUCGCGUCCGACUGCCCGGCCAGCGACACCGUCAACCACAGCCUGUCCUUCAUCAGCGACGGCAAUGUGCUGGCGCUGCACCGCCUGCUCUGGAACAACCAGGAGAAAAUCGGCCAGUACCUGUCCAGCAACAGGGACCACAAGGCUGUUGGACGACGACCCUUUGACAAAAUGGCAACGCUUCUUGCCUACCUGGGGCCUCCUGAGCACAAACCUGUGGCAGAUACACAUUGGUCCAGCUUAAAUCUCACUAGUUCCAAGUUUGAAGAGUUUAUGACAAGGCAUCAGGUACAUGAGAAAGAGGAGUUCAAAGCACUGAAAACAUUAAAUAUUUUCUACCAAGCUGGGACAUCCAAAGUUGGCAAUCCUGUUUUCUACUACAUCGCUCGGCGGUUCAAGACUGGUCAGAUCAACGGGGAUUUGCUGAUCUACCACGUGCUGCUGACCCUGAAGCCAUACUAUGCAAAGCCAUAUGAAAUCGUGGUGGACCUCACACACGCUGGCCCCAGUAAUCGCUUUAAAACAGACUUUCUUUCUAAAUGGUUUGUAGUUUUUCCAGGCUUUGCUUAUGAAAAUGUUGCAGCAGUUUUUAUUUAUAACUGUAACUCUUGGGUCAGAGAAUACACCAAAUACCAUGAAAGGCUCUUGACAGGUUUGAAAGGGAGCAAAAGGCUUGUUUUCAUAGACUCUCCAGGGAAGCUGGCAGAGCACAUCGAACACGACCAGCAGAAACUCCCAGCAGCUACCUUGGCUUUGGAGGAGGACUUGAAAGUGUUUCACAAUGCUCUCAAACUGGCUCAUAAAGACACCAAAGUUUCUAUUAAAGUUGGCUCGACCGCGGUGCAGGUGACGUCGGCAGAGCGCACGCGGGUGCUGGGCCAGACCGUGUUCCUCAACGACAUCUACUACGCCUCUGAGAUCGAGGAGAUCUGCCUGGUGGAUGAGAACCAGUUCACCCUGACCAUUGCCAACCAGGGCACCCCGCUCACCUUCAUGCACCAGGAGUGUGAGGCCAUCGUCAGGUCCAUCAUCCACAUCCGCACGCGCUGGGAGCUGUCGCAGCCCGACUCCAUCCCCCAGCACACCAAGAUCCGCCCCAAGGACGUGCCCGGGACGCUGCUCAACAUCGCCCUGCUCAACCUGGGCAGCUCCGACCCCAGCCUGCGGUCUGCUGCCUAUAAUCUUCUAUGUGCCUUAACCUGUACCUUUAAUUUAAAGAUUGAGGGCCAGUUACUGGAAACUUCAGGUCUGUGUAUUCCUGCCAACAACACACUAUUUAUUGUAUCUAUCAGUAAGACUCUUGCAGCAAACGAGCCACACCUCACCUUGGAGUUCUUGGAGGAGUGUAUUUCAGGAUUUAGCAAAUCCAGCAUUGAGCUGAAGCACCUGUGCCUGGAGUACAUGACCCCCUGGCUGUCCAACCUGGUGCGCUUCUGCAAGCACAACGACGACGCCAAGCGCCAGCGCGUCACCGCCAUCCUGGACAAGCUCAUCACCAUGACCAUCAACGAGAAGCAGAUGUACCCUUCCAUUCAGGCCAAGAUAUGGGGCAGCCUGGGACAGAUAACAGAUCUCCUGGAUGUAGUGCUGGACAGUUUCAUCAAAACCAGUGCCACGGGGGGCUUGGGCUCCAUCAAAGCUGAGGUGAUGGCAGACACAGCUGUAGCAUUGGCUUCUGGCAAUGUCAAACUGGUGUCAAGCAAAGUGAUUGGGAGGAUGUGUAAAAUCAUUGACAAGACCUGUCUGUCCCCCACCCCCACGCUGGAGCAGCACCUGAUGUGGGAUGACAUUGCCAUUCUGGCUCGGUACAUGCUCAUGCUCUCCUUCAACAACUCCCUGGACGUGGCUGCACAUCUCCCCUACCUCUUCCACGUGGUGACUCUGCUGGUGGCCACGGGGCCCCUUUCCCUCCGAGCUUCCACUCACGGGCUCGUCAUCAACAUCAUUCACUCUCUUUGCACUUGUUCACAGCUUCACUUCAGUGAGGAGACCAAGCAAGUUUUAAGGCUGAGCUUGACUGAGUUCUCUCUGCCCAAGUUUUAUUUGCUGUUUGGGAUCAGCAAAGUGAAGUCGGCGGCGGUGAUCGCCUUCCGCUCCAGCUACCGCGACCGGUCCUUCUCGCCCGGCUCCUACGAGCGCGAGACCUUCGCCCUCACCUCGCUGGAGACGGUCACCGAGGCCCUGCUGGAGAUCAUGGAGGCUUGUAUGAGGGAUAUUCCAACGUGCAAGUGGCUGGACCAGUGGACUGAACUAGCUCAAAAGUUUGCAUUCCAGUACAACCCCUCCCUGCAGCCCAGAGCACUGGUUGUCUUUGGCUGUAUAAGUAAACGAGUGUCACAUGGGCAAAUAAAACAAAUAAUCCGAAUUCUCAGCAAGGGACUUGAGAGCUGUUUAAAAGGCCCUGAUAAUUAUAAUAGCCAAGUUCUAAUAGAAGCCACAGUUAUAGCCCUUACCAAGCUGCAGCCUCUUCUUAACAAGGACUCCCCUAUGCACAAGGCUCUCUUCUGGGUGGCCAUGGCUGUGCUGCAGCUGGAUGAGGUGAACCUGUACUCGGCAGGGACAGCCCUGCUGGAGCAGAACCUGCACACCCUGGACAGCCUGCGCGUGUUCAACGACAAGAGCCCAGAAGAAGUGUUCAUGGAGAUCAGGAGACCACUCGAAUGGCACUGCAAGCAGAUGGAUCAUUUUGUUGGGCUAAAUUUCAACUCCAACUUUAACUUUGCACUAGUGGGACAUCUCCUGAAAGGGUACAGGCAUCCUUCCCCUACCACUGUGGCAAGAACAGUGAGGAUUUUGCACACACUCCUUGCUCUGGUUAACAAACACAGGAACUGUGACAAGUUCGAGGUGAACACCCAGAGCGUGGCUUACCUGGCAGCCCUGCUGACGGUGUCGGAGGAGGUGCGGAGCCGCUGCAGCCUCAAGCACAGGAAGUCUCUCUUGCUGACAGACGUCUCGAUGGAAAACGUUCCCAUGGAUACAUACCCCAUCCAUCACAGUGACACUAGCUAUAGGACACUAAAGGAACACCAGCCCUGGUCAUCCCCCAAGGGGUCAGACAGACACCUGGCUGCCAGUUACCCAACUGUGGGACAGAUCAGCCCUCGCACCCGGAAAUCCAUGAGCUUGGACAUGGGGCAGCCUUCACAAGCCAACACUAAAAAGCUUCUAGGUACAAGGAAAAGUUUUGACCAUUUGAUAUCGGACACAAAGGCUCCUAAAAGGCAAGACAUGGAAUCUGGAAUCACAACGCCUCCCAAAAUGAGGAGAGUAGCCGAAAAUGAUUAUGAAAUGGAAACCCAGAGAAUAUCACCACAGCAGCACCCACACCUCCGGAAAGUUUCCGUUUCCGAGUCAAACGUCCUCCUGGAUGAAGAAGUUCUGACUGACCCAAAAAUUCAAGCACUGCUGCUUACAGUUCUUGCCACCCUGGUGAAAUACACCACGGACGAGUUCGACCAGCGCAUCCUCUACGAGUAUUUAGCAGAAGCCAGCGUUGUCUUCCCAAAGGUCUUUCCUGUUGUGCAUAAUUUAUUGGAUUCCAAGAUCAAUACCCUUUUAUCGCUGUGCCAGGACCCAAACUUGUUGAAUCCAAUUCAUGGGAUUGUGCAGAGUGUUGUCUAUCAUGAGGAGUCCCCACCCCAAUACCAAACGUCCUAUCUACAGAGUUUUGGAUUUAAUGGGCUGUGGAGGUUUGCUGGCCCCUUCUCCAAGCAAACCCAAAUCCCAGACUAUGCUGAGCUCAUAGUGAAGUUCCUUGAUGCCUUGAUUGACACGUAUUUGCCUGGAAUUGAUGAGGAGACCAGUGAAGAAUCUCUCCUGACGCCCACCUCUCCGUAUCCUCCCGCGGUGCAGAGCCAGCUCAGCAUCACUGCAAACCUCAACCUCUCCAACUCCAUGACCUCACUUGCCACUUCCCAGCACUCCCCAGGGAUCGACAAGGAGAACGUGGAGCUCUCGCCCACCGCCGGCCACGCCAACAGCGGCAGGAUGCGCCACGGCUCCGCCAGCCAAGUGCAGAAGCAGCGAAGCGCCGGCAGCUUCAAGCGUCACAGCAUCAAAAAGAUCGUGUGAUUGUCGCUUUUUAAUUUUAUUUCUUAUUUUUGGACCCGACUGACACGCGCGGCCCCUCGCGAAGGGCCCUCCACCGGGUGUGAUGCUGCACUUGACCUGUACAGUUCCCAUCCAGCCGCGUUGCCAGAUGAUCAACUCCUGACCCACUGCCUGAGUUAACGCCUUCCUUCAUCCCCCUGCUGGGCUCCAGCCGUGCUCAGAGCCACGCGUGUGCCCCGGGCGAGGCUGGAGUUCUGUAGCGCUGCAGAGCCGCGUCCUGUUCGAAUCCAAAGCCAUUCCCCAGCCCUGCCAUGUCUGCUCUGGCCUCAGGUGUUCCUGCUAAGGGAAGUGUUGAUCCCUAACCCUGUUUGCACGCCUCAAGGUAGUAGUGGCUUCCUGAGCCAGGGAAGUUUCUCUAACCCUGGUUUUAAUCCAAACCUAUAAGAUUUUAGCUGUGUACUUUUUUUUUACCACACUGAGAAGUUCAUGAUAGCUGCAGUACAAGGAGCUAACAGAAGUGGUGGAUUAGGUUAAAUUUCUGGUAAUUAGCAAUAAAAGGGAGAGGAAAAGGAGGCUGCAGGAGUCCCUCAUUCCCAGACCAAGCUUCACACACUUGGACUGUACAUGGACCAGACUGGACAAACUGGCUUUUUUCCCAAAGGUGGUUUUUCUUUGGUUGGUUGGUUGGUUGGUUUUGGGUUUUUUUUUUUUGGCUGUACUUUGCCUUCCCUGAGGAAGUUGUACAGGGAAAAUCCCUGGGAACUGAGCCUCAAGCUGUCAUUGUAGCACCUGCUUUAGUUCUGCCCUUCCCAACAAUGUGCACCUUCAAGAGCUCCUGGCAGAGUAUCCAGUGGGGAAUGGAGGGAAGAUGGGAUGGAUUCAUUCCCGGCUCUGGGGGAUAGUGUGUGGCAGAGCUGCCCCUGUGCUGCCCGAGCAGGGACAGAAACAGCCACAUCUGCUCAAGGUACAUGAAUUUGAAUUAACUGACACUGUGUCCGAUGCCAGGGAGGUCUGGUGGAGGCGCAGUCCCCUCCCGGGCUGGGUCCAGGGCUCCUGCGGGGGGCGCACACAAACCUGAGGCUGCCGGGGCGGGGCUGCUCCCGCUGCGGGUGCCAGCGCCCCGCGGGGUUCUGAGUCGGGGCGAGCUGGGGUCCAGGCAGGGGCUGCGUCCCUGGGGGCUCACUCAGCUCCUGCUCAGAAACAGAUCCCUCUGCUGGGGUAGGAAUUAACAAUCCUUCAGUGGCUUUAAAGGAAGAAAAAGUAUAUCCAUUAGGUAAAAGCCAGUCCUCCAGUGCAAUCGUUAGUGGCUUUCAGUAAAUCAAACUCCACAGCUAAAUUAUUAGAGAAUGGUACAAUUAAGGGUUCCAGUUUAUUGCUAUAGCACAUAAUUCCCAUGUAUCCACACAGUAACAAUGUAACAUUUAUGUAAAUAAAAAUACCUUUAUUGUAUUGAUUCAUAAAAUAACAAUUUCUUUAAUUUGUUUACAUUCCUGGAAAAACUAUGAACACAAACUUCAUAUGCAAGUAGUUUGCCAAAACAAGAGGAAAACUUAGAAUUAGCAGUCAUGGAAUAAACAGGCUAGAAAGAUGAGCUGGUGCAAUUAACCAAAUCCCCUCACUCGGGUGGUGCAGGCGCCAGGGCAGGAAUGGGUGACACAGAGUGGGGUCUGAGCAGGGCCGUGAGGCUGAGCUGGGCUCAGAGACAGAGCAGGGGCUCAGGCCUUGAGUUUGGGGUCUCCAAGUUAGAAACCAUUGUCAUCUCACACCUCAGAUUGUGAGGAGCCACCCCUGGUGUCACUGGGGUUUGCACUGGGUUGUGCCCAGUCGAGCUGGUUCCAGCCCUUCCCGUUUUGCUGAGGACAAGGAAUUGUAGAAGCCAGAGGAUUUGUAUGUAGGAGGAAAACAGCCUCUUGUAAAGGUGGUGUGCUGUUUCAGUUGUUUCUCAUAUGAGCAGGUCUCCUGCAAACAGGAACAGUAAUUCCAGAGGAACUGCCCGACUGAUUCUGUUUGGGCAGAGAGCAAGCCCUUCACUGUUCUGCAUCGCUCAUGUCAGAAGUGUCCCUCCAUCAGAACUGCUGUGUUCUCUGCAGCACAGAGAUGUGGGAGCAGAGGGGACAGGGAUGAAAGUCACCUUCCCUGUGAGAAUUACUCCAGGCUCUCAGUCCCAGCUGGAAAAAAUGGUCUCUUCAUAAAGUCAGUGAACAAAACUGAAUUUCAUCUUUCCUGGAAGGAGUUGGUUGGAGUUUUCCCUGUGUGAGAGGUUCAGUGAGAGGGUCUGGACUCUGGCAGAGCAGAGGUAUCAGACACCUGCGUCAGGUAACGGGUGAAUUGAGGUGUAAGGACUGCUGAUGGCCAAGGUUGAAUUUGGGAUCGUGUGUGCCCUGAUAGACAGGAAUGUUGUCUCCUAGUACUGGUGCUUGGGAAGCUUGUGCUUGGCUCCCAGGGAACCAUGGCCUUUGUGUACUAAUUAAACUCCCAUCAGUAAUUAGUUGUUGAGUGCCUUACUGUCACUACAUUGCUCUCCCGCUCCCUCCAGCAGCCACUGCUGGGAUUUGCCUCUUUUUCUUUCUCACAUCGUCCUUCCUUUGUUCUUUCCCUGUUUGAGCAUUCUCCAUCCCAUUCCAUCCCUGGGAGCUCUGCUCCCAUCCCGGGCUGCUCUGUCCUUUCUCCACCUGUUGCUCUGUUCUCUGGUGCCCAGCAGGUUGGUACUGGUGACAGUGUGGGUGUGAGCCCUGACCUGACACGCAGAAGCCCCAUCCCAGGGUCCCCAGUGCCACUGCACUCCAGGCAACCCGCGGGCCACUGGCAGUGGCUGCUGCUCCAGGCUCUGCUGCAGGGCUGGAGCUGCAGCCCCAGAGUCCCUGUGCUCUGACAGUGAAAACUUAAAAUUCAGAAAAAUCCGAUUGGAACACGUGGACCAUGCAACGCCCUCCCGGGGAGCGUGUGACCCCCCGGCGCAGAGCCCGUUCCCUGCCCCCACUGACCACAGCUCAGUACUGUAAAGACAAUGAACAUUCUGUUUGUGUUUGUAUUUUCCCUGACUUAAAGAUAACUCAGUAGUAUUUGAAUAGUGCAUAACCUACCUGUAAUGAUGCCGACAUUUCUGCUUUCCCUGCAUGAGGUUUCCCAGGACAGGGAACAUUUCACUGAGUCUCGAGGGCUGAGCCCCUGGCGCAUGCCAGGGCUGGCUCUGACCUGACCCGGGUUCUAGGUUUUAGGGCUUUUUGUUUCAUUCUAAGGUUAAUUUUUUCCAAAGUCACAAAGCACGUCCUAUUGUUAUGCAACAAACCACAGACAGUCACUCAGAGUGUUGGUCCCACCUUUUUUUUUAUGCAGUAUAUUCACCUGUAAAUAGGUUUUGUGUAAAAUUUGACAGAAAAGUAUAUUUACUACACUGUAAAUACAUGUGACAAUAUAUUGUAUUAUUUUGCUUUUUUUGUAAAGCAGUUAGUUGCUGUAUAUGUAUAACAUACAAAUUUGAUUAUUCUAGUGUUAGUAACUGUUAACUACUCCUCCCCCUGCUGGUGCAUUCCAUCAUUUAAACCAGAAGCUGUGUCCGACACACUCACCCCGUGUGUGAUCUCACUGCUUCCACCCGGCCUCGGCUUCCCAAGGGUUUCCAUGACGCCAGUCCUGGUCGUGCUGUCAAAGCCAGGCUGUGAGCCUGCAGAGCCCGCUGGUCCCAGGCUGGUGGGAGCUGUGGGUCAGAAUGGUGGAAACCUGGUUUCAGAUAAUUAUUGUUCACCCCAUUCUCCCCUCAUGUAUGUACUUCCCCCUUUUUUUUGAAGUAAAAUGUAAAUUCAACCUGC